AUGUCAUCGAUGCGCAACGCCGUCCAGCGGCGCUCCCAUAGGGAGCGUGCUCAGCCCGUGGAACGCCAACGUUUCGGCCUCCUCGAGAAGCACAAGGAUUACUCCCUCCGUGCGAAAGAUUACAACAAGAAGAAGGCGCAGAUCAAGUCCCUGCGCCAAAAGGCUGCCGAACGCAACGAGGAUGAGUUUUAUUUCGGCAUGCUUAGCCGCAACUCCAUGGGCUCGCGCCUCAAGGACGGCAGGAAGUGGUCCGGCACCGUAGCCGGCGACCGCGGCAACAAGGCUAUGGAUAUGGAAACGGUGCGGCUUCUCAAGACGCAGGACGUUGGCUACGUGCGCACCAUGCGUAACGUCAUCUCCAAAGAGGUGAAGCGCCUCGAGGAGCAGGUCGUGCUAGUUGGCGGCAUCGAAGCGGCGAGCCAGAAUGGCGAUGAUGGGGACGACAGCGACGACGAUAUCGAAACGAGGCCCGCAGCGCCAAGAAAGAUUGUUUUCCUGGAUGGCACGGAGGCCAAGGCAGAGGCCGCUCAGCAGGAGGCGAUGGACCUGGGUGGGGAUGGGAGCGACGAGGACGAGUUCAAGGGAUUCGACGACGACAAGGAGGACGACGGCAACGACGACGCCCAGACACAGAAGGAAAAGACACUCCAGCGGUUACGGCUGCAACUACAAAAUGCGAAAAAGAAACUCAAGGUCCUCAGCAAGGCGGAGGAGGGCCUCGAGAUACAACGGGCCAAGAUGGCCAAGACGGCGACUUCAGGCGGUACGACGAAGAAGGGCAAGAAGAUCAUGGUCCGGACGCGCAAGCGGUAA